AAUGCUUUACCCAAUUCGAAUAAUUCGGAUAACCAUUUCAUAAAUCAAAACGACAACUAGUAUGUCGUUUCACUACAAAACAAUCCCAAAGUCCCAAACACUCUCUCUCGCUCACUCUGCUUCGUCUUCCCUCCUCGAUUCGAAAUUCCAAAAUCCGAUCCAGUCUUCCUUAGGGUUUCUCGUCCCCGCCUCCACCAUGAGCUCCGCCACGGUUCUCGACGGCGAUAAUUAUGCUGCUCAAGAGGUUCGUAGUAUUCAUAAGGAAUCUUUGACGAGCAGUGCACAGAGGAGAAAACUGGCGGAUAUUAGCAAUUUGGGCAGAGAAGAGACGCAGCAGCUGCAGCAGCAAAAUAUGCUCUUCUCUUCUAAAGAAUAUGCUGCGAAGCUUGAAAAGGAGAACAUGACACUGCUGAAAGCUCUAGCACACAGAAAUAAAAUUAUUGAGCUGAGCGGUGUUGAGAUUCAGAAACUGAGGAUUAACUUACGGAAUGUGCAGGAAAAGAAUUUGCACCUUGCACAGGCUAACAGUCAUAUGUUGGCGGAACUCAAUACAAACAGAGACAGGCUCAAGCUACUUCAGCAUGAGCUUGGCUGCAAGGAUGUAUUACUCGAAGCCAGGAAAAUGCAGACUGAGGAGCAAGGACUUCCAUCUAGAGAUGACUCUACGAAAGAUAAGGCGCAUGACAUUAAUCACAAAGAUACCAAGAGGAAGCGAACGUCAAGGAUAAAACCGUCAAAAAGCUCCAUCGUUAAGCCAGUACAGAUUAAAGAGAACGCCAACAGUAAAAGGAGAGUUUCUGGAGUCAUAGAUACUACUGUUAUCCCUGAAGUAACCUGUCAGACUGAAAAUGACGCUGAAAAAGGGUUUGUUUCUCAAGGGACCAACCAAAUUGUUGACAGUAUUGUCAACAGUAAGUUUGUUCUUGAUGCUGCUAACCCCAUAAAAGACGGCGUGCAUAGCAAGAGGCAAUGUGUACGAAGGAAAUCUACCAGGUUUGAUGUUCAAGAAACUGAACAAACGGACGCAGUGCUUGAGAUGGAUGAUGCCAAAGAAACUAAAGAAACCACAAGGAUUUGUUUGAAAAGACGGUCUGCUCGGUUAAGGCCCGAAGAAGUUGAACCAUGUAAAAGCUUCCAUGAGAGAGACGAAGUCAAGGAGACAAUCAAGGGGAGAAGAGUCUCUUCAAGACAACAGUCUGCAAGGUUUGAUUUCCAAGAACCGGAAGUGACUGAAACCGUGAGUGCUGAUGAUGCAAGGAAAGUUUCUGGAGUCAUAGAUACUACUGUUAUCCCCGAAGUAACCUGUCAGACUGAAGAUGACGCUGAAAAAGGGUUUGUUUCUCAAGGGAUCAACCAAAUUGUUGACAAUAUUGUCAACAAUAAGUUUGUUAUUGAUGCAGCUAACCCGGUAAAAGACAGUAUGCAUAGCAAGAGGCAAUGUGUGGGAAAGAAAUCUACCAGGUUUGAUGUGCAAGUAGCUGAACAAACAGAAACAGUGCUUGAGAUGGAUGAUGUCAAAGAAACUAAAGAAACCGCAAGGCUUUCUUUGAGAAGAGGGUCAGCUCGGUUAAGGCCCAAAGAAGCUGAACCAUGUAAAAGCUUCCAUGAGAGAGACGAAGUCAAGGAGACGGUCAAGAGAAAAAGAGUCUCUUCAAGACAACAGUCUGCAAGGUUUGAUUUCAAAGAACCGGAAGUGACUGAGACCUUGAGUGCCGAUGAUGCAAGAAGCUUAGUAAGCGAUGGGUCUGAAGCUGUAGAAACAUCUGAAAGCAGACAUGACACAAAAGAUACAAACGGGACACGCAGGGUCACAACGAGAAGGCAAUCAGCAAAGGGUAAAUCCCAAACAGCUACAGAAACUAAAGGAGCCAUCGAAGAUGUUGUAGUGACAGACCCGUCUAUAAGCAUCAACACAGUCCAAGAGUGUGAUGUUUUACCAUCGACGGUUUCUCCGGAGGACCAUGAAAAAGAAUCAAAGAACAAGCCUGAAGCUGAGGAAACCGGAGGAAUGAUGAGAAGAAAGUCCAUGAGAAGAACAUCGAGACAUGCAGCUGAGAAAGUGCAAUCAUACAGAGAAGUCUCACUUAAAGUAAAGUUGCGGCGAGACUGCUGAAUCUCUCUUGGCCUCUAGCUUAUGUUCUUAAUAUGCUAAAGAUUGUUGGUUCAGUAGCUUACUUCGUGCUUUUGUAUAUCCAAGUCAAAGGUUAUCUUUGACUUCCUCUUCUACUUUUUUUUUUCUUUGACUUCCUCUUCUACUUAAAAACGAUUGUGUAAGCUAAAAAAAUCUACACUUUUAAUGGGUGUGUGCAUUAGUCAGACUAAGUGACUACUUCUGGUAGUGUUUCUCAUUUCUUGUUUCUGAAAAGUCAACCCUUUGAUUCGAUGACACUGGUUUAAUUUAAUUCUGGUUUAUAUGUUUUACAGAUUAGCGUACUUGCAUUCACUUCUGCCUGAUAAUGCAAGAGAGACAUUAGAAAGGGGGUUUCUCAUACUAUUUUAUAAUAUUACUUUUAUAACGAGAGGGUUUUUAGUAAUUAAAUCUCUAAACUCAAGAGUCAAGAUGAAUAGUAAAAAAACCGUCAACUAAAAAUCUUGUAAAAUAAACUCUCAAUUUUAAUUCCGUUAACAUAUGUUAACCUCCGUCUAAACAAUCGUGACGCAUGGUGACAUACGUUAACAGUUUAUAAGUUCAUGAUUUAUAAUGUUGAAAAUUUAGUUGAUGAGUUUUUUUACGAUUCAAAAAUAAUUGAUAGGUUUUAUCAAUAAAAAUCGUUAACUAUUUUAAAAUAUUUAUUAUCAUUUAUACAUUGUUUUAAAAAUAUUUAUUAUCAUUUAUACAGUGUUUUAGAUUGAUUUAUAAGCCAUUAAAACUAAUUUUAUAAAUGAUUUUUGAAUAUCUAUGAGGACGUAACAACAAUGAUCUGUAUUUACAACUGAUUAGUUUGAUAAGGUAUACACUUAAAUGGGCUGAGUAAGCUCGCUCUUUCUCAAACACACUUUUGUGAUGUUUCUUCUUUGUUUUAACAUAACUUUUUUUCUUUUUUUUUCUGCAGUUUAAAUGAUCCAAAUCCAGAUCCGGGAACCGUUGAUUUACUGUUUAAAAUGGUUUACAUGGGCCCUUUGGAUCCACCAAGGGAUCAAACCGUUAAAACCCUCUUCAUCCGUCUUCUCAACUCCAAUGUUCACGAGGAGCACCUACGUGAUCGUUUCUCUCCUUAUGGAGAGAUCGAAUCUAUUGUCUACUUUGGCAUGAGAGGUGUGAGUUGUGCUUUUCUCACCUACACAACCCGACAAGCUGCAGAGAAGGCCAUGCUAGAGCACUCCCCAUGGGUUGAUGUCAACGGUCAGAUGCUUAAACUGUUAUGGGGAACACAUCGGAUCCCGAAAGACGCUGAACUAGUUGGAGGAUCUAACGUGGUCAAGAAUGAUGGUGGUGGUUUUGCUUGGGUUAAGGAGACCAAAGAUGUUGUAGAGCUUCCAUACUGGUGCAAACGAGGUUAUGGCAGUUCUGAACAGCUUGGUGGUUGGGGGUUUGAUGGAAGAAGAGGAUGGGAUGCUGGCAUUGGCGGUUCAAACUGGGCUAAAGUGAAUGCUGUUGGUGGAUUUGGCGAAUGCUUAAACUGGGGUAGGGCAAACGAUGGUAUAUCAAGCUCGGGGAAGGACAAUUAUUCUAGUGGGGGAUCUAACUGGGGUCAACAGGAUGGUUGUGGUUUUGCUUGGGGUAGCCAGAACAACAACUAUGGUGGUGGGGGUCCAAGCUGGUCCAGUCUAGGUGAUGCCGGACGAACAGGAGGCUGGGAAACCAACACUGGGGAUGAUGAUGAUGAUGCAUGGGGAUGCAAACCAAACGCAGUAGCGUCGUCAUCAAGUGGAGAUCAGUAAAUAAAAGACCUGAAUUGACUUUUAAGUUGGUCUCUGACUAUCUGUCUCUCUCUCUAUCUACUCUAAGCCCAAGUUUAGUCUUUUGGGGCUCUCUCUUCUUUAUGUUAUGGUUUGAAAACUCUUUGGUUUAUUUAUUGCCGUGACUAAAAAAAGGCCUCUGGUUUUGUAGCCCUUUUGACACAUAUCGGAGUUUCAUCUCCUUAAUCUACUAUGAAUGCUUACUACUA